CCCAUGUUCCUUUGCGAAUCCCGGUCAAGCGUUUGUUGGUGAAAACAUUCGUCUCUUUCUGGGCUGGAGAAUAAAGAAUAUGUAUUUUUUCUCCACAUAGAUCUCGCCAGACAAAACAUAAUCUCCGAUUCAGUGCAUAACUGAGAGUCUUUCACGCUGCACGCUAUGGACCAGGACUAUGAGUGUCGGCUGCUCAGGCAGAUCAACAUUCAGAACGAGAAUGCCAGCCCUAUUAAGGCCAUAGAUGCAGUACGAGCGCUGACACCCACCAACUCCCCUCUGUCGUCACCAAGCAAACAUGGCGACCGCUUCAUUCCCUCCCGCGCCGGCGCCAACUGGAGCGUCAACUUCCACCGCAUCAACGAGAAUGAGAAGUCCCACAAUCAGAACAGGAAGACAAAGGAUGGCACAACAGACACUAGCAAAGCAGACGGCCUGGCGUACUCUGCCCUGCUAAAGAACGAGCUGCUGGGGGCAGGCAUAGAGAAGGUCCAGGACCCCCAGUCAGAGGAUCGCCGCCUCCAGCCCUCAACCCCUGCCAAGAGGAGCCUCUUUAGUUAUUCUGUCUGUGCCAAACGGUCUCUCCCUGAGGAUGGCAACACAGUCUCUCCAUACUCCCUGUCUCCUGUUAGCAGCAACAGUCAGAAGCUGUUACGGUCGCCUAGGAAACCCACACGUAAGAUCUCUAAGAUCCCCUUCAAGGUGCUGGAUGCUCCGGAGCUGCAGGAUGACUUCUACCUCAACCUGGUGGACUGGUCCUCCCUCAAUGUCCUCAGUGUCGGCCUGGGAACCUGUGUCUACCUGUGGAGUGCCUGCACCAGCCAGGUGACGCGUCUGUGUGACCUGUCAGUGGAGGGGGACUCUGUCACGUCAGUGGGCUGGUCAGAGAGGGGGAACCUGGUAGCAGUGGGGACUCAUAAGGGCUAUGUACAGAUCUGGGAUGCGGCAGCAGGGAAGAAGCUGUCUGUACUGGAGGGACACACAGCCAGAGUGGGUGCGUUGGCGUGGAAUGCCGACCAGUUAUCGUCGGGCAGUCGUGAUAGGGUGAUCCUGCAGAGGGAUAUCCGAGCCCCACCCCUCCAGUCAGAACGCCGUCUCCAGGGACACAGACAGGAAGUCUGCGGCCUCAAAUGGAGCACAGACCAUCAGCUGUUGGCCUCGGGGGGAAACGACAACAAGCUACUGGUAUGGAACCACUCCAGUGUUCUCCCGGUGCAGCAGUACACAGAGCACCUGGCUGCGGUGAAGGCCAUUGCUUGGUCCCCCCAUCAGCACGGCCUGCUGGCAUCUGGAGGGGGCACAGCCGACCGCUGUAUCCGCUUCUGGAACACCUUAACGGGCCAGCCCCUGCAGUGCACCGACACCGGAUCCCAGGUGUGCAACCUGGCCUGGUCCAAACACACCAAUGAACUGGUGAGCACACACGGUUACUCCCAGAACCAGAUCUUGGUGUGGAAGUACCCCUCCCUCACACAGGUGGCGAAACUCACAGGCCACUCCUACAGAGUGCUCUACCUGGCCAUGUCCCCUGACGGAGAGGCCAUUGUGACAGGUGCCGGAGACGAGACCCUACGCUUCUGGAACGUCUUCAGCAAGAUGAGGUCCACCAAGGAGUCCGUAUCUGUUCUGAACCUGUUUACCAGGAUCCGGUAGCCAGAGGGAAGCUUGUGUCCAACAAGGGAACAAGGGGGUGAACCAGCACAAUGGAUUUCAUUCUAAAAAAACAACUCCCCUUUCUCUGCCCCCCUUAUGUCCUCCUCGGCCUCUGGUAGCCUAUGGUCCUUUCAAAUACCCAAGGCCAGGUCAUCAAGCCGAUAGAUGGGAGUCAAUAUUCCAGUGGAAUAAAUCCUAUCCUCACAACACCCAUCACAACCAGUGUGACAUUACAAGGCCACACCCCCAUAUAGUACCAUUGGUGAUUUUCCCUGGAAGAGGAGGAUUCUGGGCUGUUAUCUUCCCCAAGUGAUUCUGUUUUGUUUACAGACAGACUGUGCAUACCUGCCAAAUAUGAAGUUUGUCCUUUUUUUAAAUGUUUUAUUUAUUGUUUAUCACGUAACGUCGCCAGUGUGCAACAGCAGACUUUGUUCUGUUUCCUGUGUGAGUGAAUGUUGAGUGUCGGACUCUUCAGCGAAGAGCCAGAAUGUUUUGUUUGUGCCUGCCUUAAAGGGAUAGUUUACAUCUUAAAAUGAAAGUAUGUCAAAUAUUUUUUUGCCUCACCAGGUAUGAAAAUGUGUGACAUGCUUUGACUUCAGGGUGAGCUGUCCUGUACCUAUUUGUAAACAUUUUUACAUGUUGUAGACCAUUCUAAUUUAUUCACACGGUUUAAAAAAAAGACGUUUUAAGUUAAUUGUGUGAUGCGUGUCAAUAAUGGUGGCAAUCUUACAUUUUUUAAAUUAGAAAACAAAUCUGCAGUUGUCAUUUUGAAAUUUGAGCAGUGGCCAAAUACUACAUAGAAUCACUUACAGUUUUUCUCUGUAAAAUUGUGUUGUUUUGCCAGUUAAUUGUCUUUUAAAUUUUUUUUAACCAAAGUAUCAGUACUCCGUAAUCACUUGCAUGGAUAUAUGUAGGUUAACCUACAUUUAAAGAGACAAAUUACCAUUUUUGGUGUCUUGAGUUCUAAGAAAAUGUCAUUGCACUCAGUCUGAUAACGAGCAAGUAGUAUUUGGGAACAUAUAGGUAAAAAACUAGGCAUAAACUUUGGAAUUUAUACUUAUACAGGAUAAAACCUGAAAAAUAUAAAAAAUGUAAUUUUUUUCCUGGGUGUAGCAGUAACUGAAAUGCGCUUUAAAGAAAAGGGUAAAACAUUAAUGGUCUCUUAAAAGGCCUUGAUGGUUGCAUUGUGCUAUGUGUGUCUGUCUGCGGUGUAAAGAUAUUUAAUCCAGGGUACUUUUUUUUUUCAGCAUUUCUUUGUUUGAUUCUUGUAGUGGUACCUUUUUUCAUUUUCUCAGUUUGGAUGUGGGUUUUGAGUGACCUUGAGUGCUAUUUAUUUGAGCUGUGUAAAAGUGUCCAGUACACACAGCAUGUGUGUAUUAUUCUGAGAGUUGAUUAUUAUCUGAUAGUUGAAAAAUGGAAUGCUGACCUGUACAGUGUAUAUACUAGCUCCAGUCCUAGCUAAGCGUUUGUACUUAUUAUUUUAUGCCACAGAAACAAAACAAAGAAUGCUGCCAAAUUGAAAUGCAUAAAGAAUGUUAUGAAGGUCAAAAAAUAUUUCUGUACUGAGAAAAAAAUAAAGUGAUCACAUCACUA